AAACCCAAACCGAAGAAGCUGCUAGAAGGCCCAUCAGGAAGUCCAGUACGUCGACUGUAUUUCUUUCUUCACUCUUCUUCACUCAGAUUGAGCCGAAACUCCCAAAGGCAAAAAAAGUUUCUCUCACUAACCCGCGAUUCUCUGGAAUUUCUUCUCGAAACAACACAGCACACAGUAAAUUAACCAUCAAUGGACGCAUCGAAGGUGGAGCAGCUGCGGGAAUUCGUCGAGCAGUGCGAGUCGAAUCCCUCUCUUCUCUCCGAUCCCUCUCUCUCUUUCUUCCGAGACUACAUCGAGAGUCUCGGAGGCGAGAUUCCGUCGCCCGGCCGCGAUUAUAAAUCGAAAUCUCAUGUGGUGGAUGAGAGCGACGAAGAUAUGGACGAUAUCGAAGAUGAGGAGGCUCAGGUACCUGAAGAAGAGGAAGAAGAAGAGGAGCCUGAGAUAGUUGAAUCUGAUAUCGAACUCGACGAGAGCGGUGUUGUACAGGUCGUCUCAGAGAAACCGGGAAUGGGAGAUGCCUCCGUCGAGGUUAGCGAAGAAAAUAGAGAUGCUUCUCAGGAGGCUAAAAUGCACGCCAUGGAAGCAAUUUCUCAAGGUAAAUUUGAGGAAGCUAUUGAGCAUCUGACUAAAGCUAUUCUGUUGAACCCUACCUCGGCAAUUAUGUAUGGAACUCGAGCUAGUGUAUUUAUCAAGAUGAAGAAACCAAAUGCUGCUAUUCGGGAUGCCACUGCAGCACUGGAGAUCAAUCCUGAUUCCGCCAAAGGGUAUAAAUCGCGCGGCAUAGCACGAUCAAUGCUUGGACAAUGGGGAGAGGCUGCUAAGGAUCUUCAUUUGGCCUCAAAGCUGGACUAUGAUGAGGAAAUCAGUAGUGUACUUAAGAAGGUUGAACCCAAUGCACAUAAGAUUGAGGAGCAUCGCAGGAAAUAUGAUAGGCUUCGUAAAGAGAGGGACGAUAAGAAGGUUGAGCGUGAGCGACUACGUCGCCGAGCUGCAGCCCAGGCUGCAUAUGAAAAAGCUAAGAAGAAAGAGCAGUCAUCAUCAAGCAAAAGAUCAGGUGGCUUUCCAGGUGGCAUGCCUGGUGGCUUUCCAGGUGGCAUGCCUGGUGGUUUUCCUGGGAUGCCAGGUGGCUUUCCUGGGAUGCCCGGUGGCUUUCCUGGGAUGCCCGGUGGCAUGCCCGGCGGUAUGCCGGGUGGUAUGCCCGGUGGGAUGCCAGGUGGCAUGCCCGGUGGAAUGCCAGGUGGUAUGCCCGGCAAUGUUGACUACAGCAAAAUACUGAAUGAUCCUGAAUUGAUGGCGGCGUUCAAAGAUCCUGAAGUUAUGGCUGCACUCCAAGAUGUAAUGAAGAACCCUGCUAACCUGGCAAAGCAUCAAGCCAACCCAAAGGUGGCUCCGAUUAUUGGGAAAAUGAUGGGUAAAUUCGCCGGACCAAAGUGAUAAUUGCUGCUGUUUUUUUCCUUUUUUUUUUUUUUUUUUUUUUUUUUUUUUAACCCUUUUUGCGCCAAGAGAGCUUUUUAUUGUUUAAAGAGUUGGAAGUGCGGUUACUUGUUUUAAAACUGUGUUUAGUACAGAAGAUGUAUAUUUUCAUCUCCUUAACAACAUAACAUUUGUAGACUGGUUUAGUUCUGAUGUUUCCGAGUAAGUUAAACGUGUUCGAAUCCUUUUAUCGGUUUUUAUGUCCUUGAUUCUGUGAUAUUGUUUUACAUUGA